GAGAACGGAAGUGUGCUCCCCGCCCAGCACAGUGAGCGAGCAGGGAGAGUGCUGGGGGCUGCAAGGGGCAUGCUGAAGCCCCCCCGCAGCCUCUGAGGCUGGGACGCUCACUUGUCAUCUUCACGUCUUAGUGCCGCCGGGUGAGGUGCUCCCCCUCCCCCCCAGGCUGGGACAGAGAGAGCCAAAGCCUGGAAGAAGCUGCCCCCUGCACAGAGCUAUGGGGGACUGGUGCUAAUGCUAACUUGGGAUCAGGGCUGGAAACCUCCAGUGGCUCCUGUGUGUGCUGGACAUGCCUGUCCCUUCCUUCUGUUCUUGGGGAUCUGCAGCUACCCAGGAAAGGCUCCUGUUCAUCCCAUAAGAGCAGGGAAACUACGACGGGGCCCAGGUACCCACAGGCAGUGACCCUGAACAGCACACAUGGGCCCCCUCCCCAUGGAACGGACCCACUGAAGUUCUGCAGGGAGGAGAUGGUGGAGUGAAGGAUGCAGCACUGGAGGAAGUUGUGGGCUGCUGCAGCCCUGUGCAUAGUGCUUGUCCUGUGGCAGGUUCAUCAGUCCUUGUACCUGGGGCAUUCUGGCUCUUCCUGGAGGCUUGGAGACAUGCUGCGGCCUCUGUCUGUCUCAGAGGCCAAGCCCUGUGGCUGUGCCAGCUGUAUUGUGGAGCUCAGCAGCUCAGCCUGGUUUAAUGAACGGUACGACUCAGCGAUAAAUCCCCUGCUGACGGUGCACACCUCCAAGAUCGCCCCAGACGUUCUGUUGUGGUGGCUGAAGCUGCAGGGCUCGAAGAGCCGUGCCCAGCUCCAGGGAAUAAUCCAGCAAAUGUUUGACAUUCUCCCAUCCCCAAUGGUGGAUGCUUGGGACCCCUCCCGCUGCAGGACGUGUGCAGUGGUAGGGAACUCCGGGCGCCUGAGAGGCUCCCACUACGGGCGAGAGAUCGACUCCCACCACUGGGUUCUGAGGAUGAACAGGGCGCAGACUGCUGGGUUCGAGGAGGAUGUUGGCACGAGGACAACGCACCGCUUUAUGUACCCAGAGAGCGCUGUGGACCUCCAGCCUGGGGUCCACCUGGUGCUGGUCCCCUUUAAACCACUGGACCUGAAAUGGGUGACAAGUGCCUUCUCCACAGGCGAGCUGCGCUACACGUACACAAGAGUCAAACAGUUCAUUGAAGCCGACAGAAGCAAGGUGCUAAUCUUGAACCCUGCCUUUCUCAAAUACAUCCAUGACAAGUGGACACAGCACCAUGGGAGGUAUCCAUCCACUGGCCUCACAGCAUUGCUCUUUGCCUUGCACAUCUGUGAUCAGGUGGCAGUGUUUGGUUACGGUGCGGACAACAAUGGGAACUGGCACCACUACUGGGAAGCGAACCGUUACCCUGGAGCCUUCCGCAAGACCGGCGUGCACAAUGCUGGCUUUGAACUCACCCUCAUCAAGAAACUGGCAGCCGAAGGCAAAAUCUCCUUUUAUAACUAGCUAAGGGGGCUUCUCCAGGGCAUCUUCAGCCUCUGCUACCCUAACGCCAUCCCCCGGACAGGCAGCGCUUCCUCCCGCGGGUGCUCCGCUAUCCACGCCCAGCCCCACUGGCUCAGGGAGCGGGACUGUUCGGGGUUGCAGCAGAACCAAGUACUCAUCAAAGCUAGAUACUGACCAUGCUGCCCCAUUCCUCUCGCUUUUCUUCCCUGAGAGGGGAAGCUCUGGAGGGGGGUGUCUUGCUAUCCCAGUAGCCAGCCCCCCGUCAUCACUCAGCAAUGGCUUUACCCUCUCAACACCCCGGGAGGUUGGGCAGGGUCCCAUUGGCCAGCUGGGGAACCGCGGCUCUGGGACUUGCCCAAAGCCGCCCAGGGGCGUUGCAGUGUGUGGUGCUGCCCAGCCGCACAUUGCUGCAGCUUUUCGGGGCGCCUGUGACCUGCUCGCUGGUUACUUUGAAUAUGAAUGAGAGAAGAGACGCUGAAGAGCCGUUCACAGGGGGGCACAGGGUUUUACAGGGAGCCCCGGGACAGCUGUGUGCACAGUAAUCAACCAAAGGGAGGCAUGCGAGGUCUUUCCCGAGAGCCAGUAAUCCCCCCUGGGCAUCAGCACUGUGCCAUGGAUGGCUGCUGGGUAAUAUUUAAGGCAUUGUGUAGCCAUAAUGGAAAUGAGCAUUUUAAAGCCUUGCAGUGAAAGCAGGUCCCCAGGAGGUUACACCUCAGACAUGGCCCUUGCAGGCGGGGGGAAUAGACUGCUCCCUGUCUAGCAUUUGGCUGUUGUGUACUGUGUGCCUCACCAAGUGAUGCCUAUUUGCCUACUAAGCCAGAUGCCAAUUAAGAGAUUGCGAAAUCUACAAGAAGGGAGUAUCCAGAGUAAAACCAGCAGCAGGAUGGGGGUGGGGGUGGGGGGAGCUGCUUAAGGCCAAUGGAUUUUUUGGAUCUAUUGGGGGUGCAGACACAUGGCUAUGCUCCUUCACCAGAUAUGUGUCUCAUGAAGAAGGCUCACAGCCAGGCCCAUCUCAAUGACACUGGAAUGCCGUUGGGUGACCAUCGCUCCAUAAGACAGGAGUGUAACUAAUUAAGUAACAGUAGGGUCCAGAUAGGGCUGUCAAUUAAUUGCAGUUAACUCAAGCGAUUAACACAAAAUAAAUUAACUAGAUUAAAAAACUAGUUGUGAUUAAUUGCAGUUUGAAUUGCACCAUUAAUCAAUAAUAAAA